CGCCGACAGUGGUAGAUGGGCUCGAACGCUCCCACACACCGUGAAUUUCUCCUCGUCGCCCUUCUGCUUGCCUUUCUCCUCUUCUUCUUCAAAAAUAAUGGCUCCGGCGACCCCUAUGCGUCGCUCUCCGAGGUAGCAGACGACCUGGUGUCCACGUUUUCCGAGAAGUCCAUCCCUUCCGUUCCAUCCAACGCGCGGCUCUCAUGGAACUCGGGCUCUGUCCCACAAACGAAAAUCAUCUCACAUGUCCCCGGAUGGACACUGCUUGACAAGAUGUACGUGCUCAACGGGACGGUCUACAUCGUCACCGACCAACCCGACAUUGUGCCCGACCGCAAGUUCAUCACCUCCACUGGUGUCGAUAUUGGCAACUCCCGCGAGGAAGUACAGGCGCGCCUCCCGACCGACAGAGACAUGCGCAUUAUCUCCCCGGAGGAGGCGAAAAAGCUCUUUGGCACAGGUGCGAAUCGAGUCGAGGGGUUAACGUGGUUGGCAAACGACCCGCGGCAAUUCAUCACCCACUACUACCAUUGGUCCGCCGAGCUGUUCUUCGGCUUCUGGCGCGCGUACUCCGCUCUCGACCCCCUCAUCCCCGAGACCGGCCGCACCGCCCUUCCACCCCCGCGCCGGAUGCUCUUCACCCACCUCGACGCCGAGCACUGGCGCGACUAUGCCUCGAUGAACCAGUACGUCCUGCGCACAACGUUCCCUGCCGCAUCGAUGGAGUUCUCCGCGGACUGGGCGGACCGCGCGGCGAUGGGCACGCCGUUCGUGUUCGACCGUGUGCUCUUCGCGGACCGCGCAGCGGCGAUCAACGGCGACAACUUUGGGAAGACGCAGCGGACGGCGAGCGAGGCGUUCGUGCUGCCCGCCAGCGCGCACUGGUGGAGCACCGUGCGCAACAGCGUCAUCGAGGCGUCGGGCCUCAAUGCGAGCCCGGUGAUCACGUACAUCUCGCGGCAGAACUGGCCGCGAAGAAAGCUGAUCCAGAGCGACGACGACGUGCUCGUGGAGGAGCUGUACAAGCUGCAGGAUCAGUACGGCUACGAGGUCAACGUUGUCAGCAUGGACCAAAUGUCGAGGGUCGAGCAGCUGCAGCUGGCCGGACGGACUACGAUCAUGAUGGGCGUGCACGGGAACGGUCUCACGUCCCUGCUGUGGAUGAAGCCGUCGCCGAGGUCUACUGUUAUGGAAUUCUUCUACCCCGGCGGUUUCGCGCACGACUACGAGUACACGACGCGCGCGCUCGGGAUGGUUCACUACGGAUUCUGGGGCAGCAGCAUUUUCACCAGCCCCGACACGCCGCCCGUGGCGUACCCAGAGGGGUUCCAGGGCAACGAGAUCCCCAUCGAUGGGCGGGAAGUCGCGCGUCUUUGCCAUGAGCGACUGAGCCUCGCGGAUGAGGCAGAUGACUAGGACACGUUGGCAUCGCGCGCGAUCCUGUUCGGACACUAGCACUAGACUACAUUGUAUCACUAAUUCUACCACACUUCGGUACAUAGAGCCUUUGGCACCGACAUGCAUUGUACAUUCACGGUCGAGACUUCCCGCGGAGAAAACAAUUUAUCGUGGGAAUUGUAUCCCCAAUCAGGAGAGGCUC